AUGGAAGAAAAAAGAGAGGAAGUAAAAAGAUCAAAAGAUGAAGAAAGAAGAGAGAAAAUUGAUAAAACAAAUGUGCAGAGGUUCGUGGUCCGCGGGUUGACGCCCGGGCAAGACUACGUGGUCUACAUCUCCGCCCACACCUCCUACGGCAACAGCCCCUUCCGCCUCGUCGAAGCUUUCACCUUCAAGACAGCUGAGAACCGUAUGCCAGGUAGUGAGUACUCGCCCCCGUCGCUCUCCACCAUCAUCAUGUUCGUGGGCGGGGUGGGCGGCAUCGUGGUCGUCGUCAUCAUCGUGGUCACCGUCCUCAGGCUUCGACUCCGCAAGUCCAGCCACAAGUGUGUGAGACUCACGGCCUCCAGCACCGUCCCUGAGAUCCCCAAAGACAUCCUGGGGGAGGAGCAGAAGAAGUCGCCCGAGGGGAAGGAAGGCUCGGCCAGCGGCAACCACUUCUCCAAGGGCUCCCAGCUAGCGGCGAAGGACGUGUCGCACACCAAGGAGAGCAUCCCGCUGCAGCCCAUCAUCCGACAAACCACACGACCGCUGCAGCCCAUCAUCAAAGAAAACGGUCGGUCGGACAACGGCGGGAAGAGCUCGCAGGGACGCACGGUGCUCUUCGUGGAGCCGCCGAAGCCGCAGAGCGGCAUUCUGGUGAAUAAAAAUGAAGUGCCGAGAACCGCAUACGACGCCAUGUACCAGGGCAGGAGAGGACCGCCAAAGGGCCCCAAUGGGGAUGUUGUGACGCAUAACCUAUACGUGCCCAGGGCCUCGUACUCCGAUACGCUGCACGGCUUGCACGUGGGUCGUGGGGUGGAUGGUAUGGGCGGGUAUCCAGACCCGCCCAUGAGUAGGGACAGAGAACCGCCCAUAUUAAGGGAUCGUGAACCGAGCAUAGUAAGGGAGCGAGAUCUGCCCCUGGGGAGGUAUCAUAGGUCGUCCCUGGAUGAUCGGGGAGACCCCGGGGAGUUGUUGGAUCCCCAGUUCCCCUCCGGCGCUUCCAGCACCCUGGGGAGGGAGCCCUACGGCUCCCCCCGCAGUGUCAUCAGGGGCGGGGGCCCUGCUCUCGUCGCCUCCACCCCCUACGCCCGCGAGCUCACCAGGGACCUGGGACGGGACUUGCCCAGGGAUCUUGGUCGAGACUUGUCUAGGGACCUGGCACGGGAACUUCCCAGGGAAAGGGACCUUCCUAGAGAAAGGGACCUUCCCAGGGAAAGGGACCUUCCUAGGGAAAGGGAUCUUCCUAGUGUAAGGGACCUUCCUAGUGUUAGGGACCUUACUAGGGAUAGGGACCUUCCUAGGGAUAGGGACCUUCCUAGGGAUAGGGACCUUCCCAGGGAUAGGGAUUUAUUUCCCAGAGAUCUGCCCAGAGAAAGAGAUCUAGCCAGAGAUCGGGACCUUCCCAGGGAAAGAGACCUUGUCAGGGACCUGGCCAGGGACAGAGACUCGACCCGGGAGCCCCCUGGCCACAUCUUCACCUUCCCUACCCGCACCGUCAGCCACGAGUACGACCCGCUCAUCCCUCGCUCGCCGCCACCGAUCUCCUGCAUGAAGAAGUCGCCGAGUGUAAGCGCUUCCGUGGGCCGCCACUACGACCCUCCCCCGCGCAGACCCGAAGGAAGCGGUUACCGCUCGCUGCCGCGGCCCAGCAAGCCCCGCGGGGCCGAGGCAGAGGCGCUGCUCAAAUACCGCUCGCUGGAUAGACGUUUCGACCUGCCUUUUAGCGGUUCCUUGGCCCGACCGGAACCAGAGAUGGGCGGGGAGACGCCGCCGCAACAUCGCCGCUACAGCGGGUCCCCGCGUUUGCGGUUCGGGGAUGAGAAACACUACCAUGUGUAUCACGACAAGGAGAAAAAGCAAGAAGGUUUGGAUGAUAUGGAUGAGAGUUUUGUAUAAAGUGUUUUACGAAAUAUAUGUUUUUAUUGGUGUA